GGCCGCGUAUAUCCAGCAGGGCGGCCUGGGAAAGGCAAGUCGUAAUUCCGGGCAAUGGAGGCUGCUUGUUUUACUUCGCCUCCUCGCCCGGGUGCCAGCAGGCUCUGGAGGCUUAGCAACUUGAUCAUGGCCGUCUUCUUCGGGCUGGCUGGAGCCGUUCAGAUCAAUGACCCUGAUCCUGGACUUUGGAUAGUUGUGUACUCUGUGCCAGCAAGUCUUGCACUGGUAGUAAGCCUUAAUCCAUCAGUUACAGAUAACAUUGUGUGGAGGAGUAUAUCAGAUCUACAUUCAGCUGUUUGUGUUGUGGGUUCUGCUGCGUUGGGAUAUUCCUUGGUUACUACUGCUCAAAAUAACAUCUUGCACGAGGAAGAAGGCAGGGAAUUAUUUGGUCUGGUGAUUGUUACUGCCUGGAUGAGCCUUUGUCGUAAUUCAGCCAAAAAUUCCCUGGGUGGAUUUCACUUGGUCAUGGCAAUUUUCCUCUGUCUUUCUCCUUUUGUAAUGUGGCUAUACAUCUAUGUGAAUACAGAAAUGCGAGUAUCAUGGCCAUCUCACUGUAAAACUGUUAUUUAAAAUAUUGGAAAGCAUCAAGUGUCUUCAUUGCUUCGGAGGUUCUCUACUGAUGCCAAGUGAAUAGGAACCACAAUUAAGGCAAAUGACUUCCCAUGAAGAACAGUUUCUCUAAAGUGCUUCUGAAGACUGAAAAUUCAGACAUAAUUGAAAACUGAAUUCUGUGGACUAUGACCUCCCCCCCCCCAAACUGUUUUAAAGCUAGUUGUUUCAUGGUUUCCAUUUUAUUAAUUGUGUGCUCUUGAUAAAUGCAAGGGUUUGGACUGAAUAAAUCAAAGUGCCUCUGUGCCUCAUGUUGAAGCCAUGGGACUGAAGCCAGACAUUACUGGAAGAACUAUAUGUUGUAUAUAAUUAUAAAAUGUAAAUAAAUAUAUUAAUACUUUGAUAAGGAUGUAUCUGAUGUCUCUGAAAUUCUAUCCAUUUUUCUCUACAUGCAUCUGCACUAUUUAAGAUGAUUAACAUACAAUUCUUAAUCCAUAAGAGAAUAUCAUAUUCCACUUAAUGUCAUAGAUUAAAAUUUGGAAAAGCGUUUGAUGUAGUGCUGGGCUCAUUUCUCUCUAAAUUAUUCUUCAUAGAAGCUGUUUUAAUUUAAAGCCUAUGUGUUUU